UCUCUAGGAGCAGGGUAUGCCUUCCAAGGACUUCCACAGUGUUCCCACCCCUAAACCUUCCCUGGGAGGCCCAAACUUGCAGGUGUAUAAAUAGGUGCUCUUGAAGCUUCCUGCCCCAGCCUGGCCCUCCCUCCUUCUAAAAUGGACAAGUCCCUCCUGCUGGGACUCCCUGUCCUGCUCUGCUGCUUUAGAGUACUGUCUGGAUCACUUCUACACAGAGAUAAUGCAGUAGGUGAAGUAAUUGUUCAGAAAAAUGAUUAUUCUAAUCUACAAAUUGUUCAGUGCAGGAUGUGCCACCUCCAGUUCCCAGGAGAAAAGUGCUCCAGAGGAAGAGGAAUAUGUGCUGCAACAACAGAUGAGGCCUGCACAGUGGGGAGGAUUUUCAAAAAGAAUGGAACUCCCUGGCUAACCUUCAUGGGCUGCCUAAAGAACUGUGCUAAUGUGAAAAACAUAAAGUGGAGUGUCUAUUUGGUGACCUUCGAGUGCUGCAAGGGCUAUGAUCUGUGCAAUGAAAAGCUUUAGAAGUUGCUGGUUCUUCUGUGGCUCCAAUGUCUGGCUGGGGUUGUUGUCUCACACUCUUCACAAUAACAUCCUAAAAAUCCCUGCUUCUUUCUUCCCUUCUGUAGCAAGAUAUUUUAAUAUUUUUCAUGUUUUUUCUCUCCAUAAUGCACAUUAACACUGGCCUCAUGGAUGGGGGUGGCAAUGUGAAAAUAAAUAACUUGAGUCUUCCUGGGUUUUGUUCGUGAAUGCUGUUCCCAGGGCGAGGAGAAGACUAGGACAUAGAACUGACUUUGCACCAGAACCACGGAAAGGGAAGGACUUUCUGCCUUCUGGAAUGAGCCUCCCUUUGAGGCUGGGAGUUGGAGAAGGAAUCUGUGGGAUUCUAGAGAUAGUACCUGCUCCAGCUUCCCCAGAAAACCCAUAAGGGG